AAAACGAGAUUCACUGCGUACAUGCUCUGGUCCAAAGCAAUUCGCCAGGAGCUGACUGAGAAGUGUCCUUACAUGGAUUUCGCUGCAAUUUCUAAACGUCUAGGGGAAUUAUGGUCGACGGUGCCUAACGUUGAAAAGUACAACUGGCGAAGAAGAGCGAAAAGAAUGAGAGAUGAGUGCAUGUGGAAGACUCCAGCUGCAUCACAAAAGAAAAAGUUUAUCAAUAAAAUUGGUAAUGGAAAAGAGACGAGAGGUUCCCUACCCCCGAAGAAGAUCCAGAUUGUCCUGCAGAAGCCCUCGCACAUAGUCUCAAUGUCCCCUGCAUCCAAGGCACCCAAGAAUACAAUAAACGAGCCAAUUGUUGGAACUGGAAUAUACAAAGUUAUUGGAACCCAGCCAGUGGACGUUGCAGCCCACCUAAAACUCCUUGGAGAGUCUUUAACGAUCAUUGGAGAGCGUCUGAAGGAGCACGAUGGACAGAUAGCUGUAUCUGGAAGUCUCUCAGUCCUCCUGGACUCACUCCUGUGUGCCCUGGGCCCUCUCAUGUGCCUCACUCAGCAAAUUCCCGAGACCGACGUUGUCAGUCCUGAAAUAUUCGCUGAAAUUCUUGACAACAUUGCUUACGUCAUGCCAGGACUGUAAACACUGUACAUACUCCUCGUUUGUUCAUUCAUAAUUAAUAAUAAUAAUAAAAUGUAGCUUUUGACUUACCCAUUUACGAAGAUGUUAUUGUUUAAAUUGAGAAGCUUCAGUAAUAAGGCAUGUCUUAUUAUUCUAUUGAUUUUCUCUUCAUAAAUAAAACAAUAAACUCAUU